AUGGGUUUCUCCAAGUACACUGCUCUUGCUCUUCUUGCUCUGCGUGCUGUUAGCGUUUUCGCUGCGGAUGCCGUCGAAGAAGAGCUCGAGACUCAUGCCGCAUUACCCAAUCUUGCCGUCUCAGUUUCUGCAUCCUUCCCCAAUGCUGAGGUCUUUGGCGUCAAGCUCAUCAAUGGGCACGCGACACAGGCUGUGUUGAGUUUCACGAACAAUGAGGCAGAACCUGUCCAAGUAGCUCUCAUCGGAGGCGCGUUGUCCUCUUUGCAGCCAAUCGCACCUGGACUUCACCCCAGCGCAGCUAUUGUCCGCAAUAUCACUGCAACCCGCUACGAUGUCGAGAUCCCAGCUGGCGAGAAGCAGACGCUCCCAUACACGUUCACCACGGAUCUCCACCCCCAGGACCUCCGGUUAAACUUGAUCGCCGUCAUCUCUAGCCAGGCGGGCAAUGUCUACCAAGUUCAGGCUUAUAACGAGACUGUCAGCGUUGUCGAGGCUGCUACCAGCAUCUUUGACCCCCAAAUCAUCUUCCUGUACCUCUUCCUCCUCGCCGCCUUCGCCGGAACCCUCUACUUCGUCUACAAGACCUGGAUCGAGACUCUCUUCCCACAAUCCAAGCGCGGGGGCAAGGGUGGCGAGCGCGCCAAGCGCUCAUCUGGCGGUUCCAAGAAGGCCGUGGCUCCCGAGGACCAAGUUUCCGUAAUUGGUGCAGAUGGACCGGCUGUUACUACUGGUGCUGAGGCUCAGAAGGCGUAUGACGAAAGCUGGAUCCCGGAGCACCACUUGAACCGCCCGACUGCCAAGCGCGUCAAGAGCGGUGCCUCGUCGAAGCAGAAGACUCGCGUUGUGGCCGAAUAA